AUGCGUAUCGAGGCCGGUUUUGAGAUGAGACACUGCGAAUUCAUCCCGAGUCGCACAGAGAGUUCAAUGCAACAUACCGCAAAAUGUGGACAGCUGAAACCAAGACACAGCGAAAUUCUGUGGUCGCUACAGGCUGAAGCACACUGCACCGAGAUGGCGAAGAACCAAGAGGAUGGAACUGGCCUUGUAGCCUUGAGGCCUUAUAGCCUGAUUGGCUCAGAGCCGUUGGGUCACGUGAACGUUACUGCAAUCGCGUCCCGUCGUCAUCCAAGUCCGACAGCUCCCAACAAGUCCCCUAAAUCUGCCAAACCAUAA